CCAGAUCCCUCCCCAAGGGACGCACCCACCAACAGGUUAAACUGCCCUGCACCCCGUGACUCUGUUUACCACCAGGAGUUAUUUAUAGGGCCCCUGGCUCUGGGAUUUGAUUCCACAUCCGUGUGUGGGGCACAGCCCUAUUUAUAACCGCCAGGCUCCGGGCCCCGCUCGCUGUCCCCAGAGUCCCCAAAGCUCCCCUGCCCUCCGGGGCUCCCAUGGCCCACGAGAGCUUCGCCUUCAGCCCGUCGGCGCUGCGCUCGCUGCGGCUGCAGCGGGAGCUGCUGGAGCGGGAGGAUCGGCGCCGGGCGCUGGCCCGGGCAUCGGCCUCGCGCCGCCUCCUGCCCGGGACCCCCCCGAGCCCCCCCCGGCGGCGCCAGUUCUGCCGCGACCCCGCCGUGCACAACGCCCUCUACGCCGGGGACCUGCCCCGCGUCCAGAGCAUCUUCAGGGACGAGGCCACCGCCAACGUGGUGCUGGAGACGGUCAGCGAGGAGCUGGUGUGGUCACCGGAGCAGGGGCUGUGGGUGCUGAGCCCCCGCCGGCAGCAAACCUCCGCCCUGCGCAUCGCCGCCGCCCGCGGCUACGAGGACUGCGCCCGGCACCUGCUGCUGCGGGGGGCGGCCGUGGACGCCGUGGUGGGGGGCCGGGCCCCCCUGCACGACAGCGCGGCCGCCCCCCACCCCAACUGCGCCCGCCUGCUGCUGGCCUUCGGCGCCGACCCCAACGUGCUGAGCGCCGACGGCGCGGCCCCGCUGCACCUCUGCACCGCGCCCCACAGCCUCAGGUGCGCGGAGCUGCUGCUGGCGCACGGCGCGCAGGUGAACCUGGGCACCCGUGACCGCCAGGUGACAGCCCUGCACGUGGCGGCGCGCCAGGGGCUGGUGGCCCACGUGGAGCUGUACCUGCACCACGGCGCCGACCCCUCGCAGCGCACCCACCAGGGCGAGACCCCGCUGAACGCGGCGGCGGCGGCGGCCGAGCGCCCCGAGGACGCGGAGCGCUUCCUCCGCGUGGCCGAGCGGCUGCUGGCGGCCGGCGCCGAGCCCGGGGCCGCGGGGCGCAAGGGCCACACGCCGCUGCACAACGCCUGUGCCAACGGGCACCCCGCGCUGGCGCGGCUGCUGCUCCGCCACGGCGCCGACGCCACCGUGCCCAACGGCGCCGGGGACACCCCCAUGGACUGCGCCCUCCGCGCCGUGCGCGAGUACCGGCGGCAGCGGCCCGAGGAGACCCUCGCCCUCCUGCUGGACCACGGCGCGCUCCCCCCGCACCCCAAGAUGCUCAGGCUGUGCUGCCAGCACCCGCCGGCGCUGGAGGUGAUGCUCAACGCCUACGACCGCGUGCCCGCCGCCGACGGCUGGCUGGAGGCCGUGCCCCCCGAGCUCUGGGAGGAGCACCGGGAGUUCUACGCCUCGGCCGCGCGCAUGGCGGGGAGGCCGCGGCGGCUGCAGCACCUGGCGCGUGUGGCCAUCCGGCGUCACCUGGGCGCCCGCUGCCGCGCCGCUGUCCCCAAGCUGGCGCUGCCACCCCCACUGCGCCGCUACCUCCAGCUGCCCAUCGAGGGUCUCAUCUCCUGAGGGCGCUCCAUGUGUCCCCACUGGUGUCCCCUCCGUGUCUCACACCGGUUGUCCCCUUGCUGUGUCCCCCCCCCCCGUGCCCUGGUGUCAAUAAAGGACAUGGCAGAGGUGGCCCUUGAGAUGUCUUUGUCCC